AAAGCAGUCUGACUGGCGCUGACAACCCCAGGACAGCAGCCGGUUGGGGCAGUGCAAAAGCUUCAUGCCUUCUUCCCCAACCAAGAAGGACUUCAGUUCGAGCCCGCACCGGCUCCGUCAACCGCGAGACCCGAAGUCGUAGACCGAGUCCAGUCCUAGGGAAUUCGGCUGAGGCUUUGCCGGCGCGGCGAAGAAGGUGGCAGGCGGCAGGCUGAGCUCCACUGGACACAGCCUAGUGGCCCGGGGCGCGCCCGCUGCACUCCCGGCGUCCGGGUCUGGCGCACCGCGGGAGGCAGGCGCGCUGCCACUCUCCGCAGGCGCGCUGCCACUCUCCGCAGCCGCUUCGUCCCCUGGUCUGUCUCGCCUCGGCUUCAGCGGGCAAACCCACAGCUGGUCUUCUGUGCGCUGAUCUCCCUGCAAUCCUUGCUUACAUAAGGCGGGCGGGCGUGCUCCCGCCCCCGGUUACCCCCCAGAGGAGUUGUGCUGCGCCCUCUACGCCUCCUUGGCGAGCGCCUUCGCGCACCCGUGCGCCCUACUCUAGGAUGUGAACCUCCUUGGCCACCCAGCAGCGACAGCCGGGACAUCUCUCCGCUGGCGUGAGAACACUGAGAUUGGAGACCAGAGCGCCUGACGGUGCCCAAGCUUCCUCCCUCCGUUCCCUCCUCCUCCAACUCCCCCCACUUCAACCCCCACCCCCACCCCCACCCCCGGUGUCUGUGUGUGUUCCUCACAGGCGAGGGGACCCGGAGAGCAGUCCAGACUUCGGCGUGCGGCGGAGCUGCGGCUGCUCCUGCUGCUGGGGGGAGCGGCGGAGGUGGCCGCCUUGCGCCUCCCUGGACUUCCCAAGUGGGGGCAGAGCAGUCGCUCGCGGGAGACGUCAGUUAGAAGGCAUUGGGAAAGAGGGACCUUCAAACUCCUCCUCGGCGUCUCCUCUCCUCCCCCUUUUGGCCCCUGCCCUUGGAGAAAGUGGAGUGUGGCGCUUGGUUGUCGUUAUUUCUUCGGACUGCUUCGCGGUGCACGGAUUCAGCUUCUGCCCAGUGGGGCUUUCAGCUGUUGGCGCGUCUCUCUGUUCCCCCCCCUCUCCCCCGGCACACCUCUGUCUACGAUGAGGAAAGGUCUGCGGGCGACAGCGGCCCGCUGCGGACUGGGACUGGGAUACUUGCUGCAAAUGCUCGUGCUACCUGCCCUGGCCCUGCUCAGCGCCAGCGGCACUGGCUCCGCCGCCCAAGAUGAUGACUUUUUUCAUGAACUCCCAGAAACUUUUCCUUCGGAUCCACCUGAGCCUCUGCCACAUUUCCUUAUUGAACCUGAAGAAGCUUAUAUUGUGAAGAAUAAGCCUGUGAACCUGUACUGUAAAGCAAGCCCUGCCACCCAGAUCUAUUUCAAGUGUAAUAGUGAAUGGGUUCAUCAGAAGGACCACAUAGUAGAUGAAAGAGUAGAUGAAACUUCCGGUCUCAUUGUCCGGGAAGUGAGCAUUGAGAUUUCGCGCCAGCAAGUGGAAGAACUCUUUGGGCCUGAAGAUUACUGGUGCCAGUGUGUGGCCUGGAGCUCGGCGGGUACCACAAAGAGCCGGAAGGCGUAUGUGCGCAUUGCAUAUCUACGGAAGACAUUUGAGCAGGAACCCCUAGGAAAGGAAGUGUCUUUGGAACAGGAAGUCUUACUCCAGUGUCGACCACCUGAAGGGAUCCCAGUGGCUGAGGUGGAAUGGUUGAAAAAUGAAGACAUAAUUGAUCCCGUUGAAGAUCGGAAUUUUUAUAUUACUAUUGAUCACAACCUCAUCAUAAAGCAGGCCCGACUCUCUGAUACUGCAAAUUAUACCUGUGUUGCCAAAAACAUUGUUGCCAAGAGGAAAAGUACAACUGCCACUGUCAUAGUCUAUGUCAACGGUGGCUGGUCCACCUGGACGGAGUGGUCUGUGUGUAACAGCCGCUGUGGACGAGGGUAUCAGAAACGUACAAGGACUUGUACCAACCCGGCACCACUCAAUGGGGGUGCCUUCUGUGAAGGGCAGAGUGUGCAGAAAAUAGCCUGUACUACGUUAUGCCCAGUGGAUGGCAGGUGGACGCCAUGGAGCAAGUGGUCUACUUGUGGAACUGAGUGCACCCACUGGCGCAGGAGGGAGUGCACGGCGCCAGCCCCCAAGAAUGGAGGCAAGGACUGCGAUGGCCUCGUCUUGCAAUCCAAGAACUGCACCGAUGGGCUUUGCAUGCAGAGUUUCAUUUAUCCCAUUUCAACUGAACAGAGAACCCAGAAUGAAUAUGGAUUUUCUUCUGCUCCUGAUUCAGAUGAUGUUGCUCUCUAUGUUGGGAUUGUGAUAGCAGUGAUCGUUUGCCUGGCGAUCUCUGUAGUUGUGGCCUUGUUUGUGUAUCGGAAGAAUCAUCGUGACUUUGAGUCAGAUAUUAUUGACUCUUCGGCACUCAAUGGGGGCUUUCAGCCUGUGAACAUCAAGGCAGCAAGACAAGAUCUGCUGGCUGUACCCCCAGACCUCACGUCAGCUGCAGCCAUGUACAGAGGACCUGUCUAUGCCCUGCAUGACGUCUCAGACAAAAUCCCAAUGACCAACUCUCCAAUUCUGGAUCCACUGCCCAACCUGAAAAUCAAAGUGUACAACACCUCAGGUGCUGUCACCCCCCAAGAUGACCUCUCUGAGUUUACGUCCAAGCUGUCCCCUCAGAUGACCCAGUCAUUGUUGGAGAAUGAAGCCCUCAGCCUGAAGAACCAGAGUCUAGCAAGGCAGACUGAUCCAUCCUGUACCGCAUUUGGCAGCUUCAACUCGCUGGGAGGUCACCUUAUUGUUCCCAAUUCAGGAGUCAGCUUGCUGAUUCCCGCUGGGGCCAUUCCCCAAGGGAGAGUCUACGAAAUGUAUGUGACUGUACACAGGAAAGAAACUAUGAGGCCACCCAUGGAUGACUCUCAGACACUUUUGACCCCUGUGGUGAGCUGUGGGCCCCCAGGAGCUCUGCUCACCCGCCCCGUCGUCCUUACUAUGCAUCACUGCGCAGACCCCAAUACCGAGGACUGGAAAAUACUGCUCAAGAACCAGGCAGCACAGGGACAGUGGGAGGAUGUGGUGGUGGUCGGGGAGGAAAACUUCACCACCCCCUGCUACAUUCAGCUGGAUGCAGAGGCCUGCCACAUCCUCACAGAGAACCUCAGCACCUACGCCCUGGUAGGACAUUCCACCACCAAAGCGGCUGCGAAGCGCCUCAAGCUGGCCAUCUUUGGGCCCCUGUGCUGCUCCUCGCUGGAGUACAGCAUCCGAGUCUACUGUCUGGAUGACACCCAGGAUGCCCUGAAGGAAAUUUUACAUCUUGAGAGACAGAUGGGAGGACAGCUCCUAGAAGAACCUAAGGCUCUUCAUUUUAAAGGCAGCACCCACAACCUGCGCCUGUCAAUUCACGAUAUCGCCCAUUCCCUCUGGAAGAGCAAAUUGCUGGCUAAAUAUCAGGAAAUUCCAUUUUACCAUGUUUGGAGCGGAUCUCAAAGAAACCUGCACUGCACCUUCACUCUGGAAAGAUUUAGCCUGAACACAGUGGAGCUGGUUUGCAAACUCUGUGUGCGGCAGGUGGAAGGAGAAGGGCAGAUCUUCCAGCUCAACUGCACCGUGUCAGAGGAACCUACUGGCAUCGAUUUGCCGCUGCUGGAUCCUGCGAACACCAUCACCACGGUCACGGGGCCCAGUGCUUUCAGCAUCCCUCUCCCUAUCCGGCAGAAGCUCUGUAGCAGCCUGGAUGCCCCCCAGACGAGAGGCCAUGACUGGAGGAUGCUGGCCCAUAAGCUGAACCUGGACAGGUACUUGAAUUACUUUGCCACCAAAUCCAGCCCAACUGGCGUAAUCCUGGAUCUUUGGGAAGCACAGAACUUCCCAGAUGGAAACCUGAGCAUGCUGGCAGCUGUCUUGGAAGAAAUGGGAAGACAUGAAACGGUGGUGUCCUUAGCAGCAGAAGGGCAGUAUUAACCACCAUGCUGGAAGGGGAAAUGAAGGACAAAAAUGCACAGGGAGUCUGUGGCCGUCCAGGUGAAUCACAGCUGAGGAGGAAAUCCAGAUGAGACCAAUGCGCUUCACAGGCAAGACUGCAGCAGGAGCCAGAAGGAAAACAGAUACAACUGCCCAUGUACAUGCCCACUUUACUCGGACAUCAUCACGGGAGUUAAGAAAAAUUGUGUAAAUUUGUACCUUGAAUUUAGCUAUCAACCUAAUUUUCCUCUUAGUUGGGCUGUAUGCUGUGUGGUACAGGAUCUUACAGUUUCCUAGGAAACGCUUUUUAUUGCUAUCCAGAUAUAUGGAUAAACUUUCUUAACAAACCCAAUUUCUACAAAUGUUGUUUACAUCAAAUUGGACAGGGAUGCAGACACUGUCCAUGGCUCGUUCUAUUUUUGUUCAAAUCAUUUGAAGUUGAAGCUGUGGACGGUUUGUUGUGUCUAUUUCAGAUUAGUAAUUUACAGAGAAAUCACAGACUUUUGCUACAAAUCGUGUGCAUCAAGUGUCUCAGAUAAUCCUCCCAUCAGUGUUCUGUUUCUAGAACUUGUAGAACCAGUGUUACUGUUUGUAUCAGGGAAGUGGAGAAUCUAAGUGUAAAAAAGAAAUAACUAAGACUCCUAUUCCUUGGAGGGACCCUUCUGGUGCCCUUUGGGAAUAAAGCUGUAGCAUUGCAGGGAAGACAGUGAUUCAUGUUUAACCCCACAAACAAGCAUUUUUUUCACAACAUGUGUGUGUGUUUGUAAUAUGCAAUAUGAAGUGUUUUGUUUUUUUUAAAGGUAUUAUUAUUAUUAUUUACAGGUAUUCUGGUAAAUUUAAAAAAUGAAUUUUUUAAAUUUCUAUUUUUGUUAGCAGUGCUGUUUGUUAGUAUUUGGGUAUUGACUAGACCUGUCCCACCUUUUCACCUAUCAAGGUGGGUGUGGUCAUCAGUUUAAUUCAACAUGCAUCGCUUCCUUGACCUUUUACCUUUCCCUUAUUCCACCCCAGAAAGGUGACAAAUGCUGAAUGGCUUUGUCAGUCUGUUCCUUCAGCUUGCUCAGGCAGGGUCUUUCUCCUCUGAGGAGUCUUAAGGAGACGUGUUCUCUAUUAAGUUCACUUAAUAUUGCCGUUGUGUGGCCCCACGUCGACUCCCUAUGGUGCUCUACUCUAGAGGCAGUGUGGUUGGAGGAAUGGACUCUAAACUGGAGAUCAGGAAACCAGUUCUCAUUGUGGGUCUGUCACUGUCUUGUUGCGCCACCUUGAGAAAGUCAUUUAACCACACGACCUCAGUGUCCUCACUAGAAAGUGAAAGGGUGGGAUUAGAUCAUCUCCAUGUUCUGAAAUGCUCAACUUCCACCGUGAUGCCUCCGGUCUCAUUCAUCAGUCUGAAGACCACAAUGGACUCUGACCUGGAUCAUCAUUUAAAAUCAUCAGCUGGUCUUUUGCCCAGGCUAUGUUAUGCCUUUCAAGUAGUUCUGACAAGGAAGAUGAUUAUUCUAACCAGCAUUAUGAUGUUGUUUGUUUGGCCUGAGUCGCUCUGCAUCAUUGCAUUAUGCUGUUCACUGAGAGAUGACAUCCCUUUAUUAUCAUUUUCUUAGCCUCUCUUGGGAUGCCCCUGCCCCCAGCCUUCCUGACUGGUUGCAAAUUCUGUUUUUUAUUAUUGUCUUGGCAUCUUGAUAUCUAGACCAGUCCUACAAGUUUAUCUGGCAGUAGGAACUUGGUGCAUUUUUUUCUACGCUACACCCCCCCCACCCUUAAUCUUUCUUUGCUGUCAUAAUAUUCAGUAGCAUUUAUAAAAGCUGUCUAGUUAGCUCUUUAAAAACUGUUGUCCUGCAAAAUGUUAGUCAACACACUACUUUGUGUAAACUAGUAUGUUUCCUUGGGACCAUCACAAGCUCUUUAACAAACACAAGGACUCAAUUCAUUCAGCAGGUGGGGAUUAAAGAAUCAAAGCCCAGUAGCAAAACCAAAACUGAAGAACAAGCAGACAUGUGUAUGAAUCGGAACCUUUAGAACAUGACUGUGGUUUACUUUUAGGCUGGAGGCACACAAGUUGCUGAACAGACUUGAAUUAUACAUGUGCUUCCAUCUUUCCAUGUUUCCGCUCCUAUUUUGGUAGCAUCUUGAGAUUACUUGAUGCCUCCGCCAUCCUCAUCCCUGAGGAACUGCUGAUACCUUGCUAUGGAACCUCUUCUUUCUUUCAUGCUUUUUAUUCCUUAUCUUCUGUUUUGGACAUACAUAUAUUCUAUAAAAUCUCUCUCAGCCCACCCCCUGCAUUAGGAUUUCCAUAUUUAAAAUAUUUGUACACUGACUGGGGAAGGGAGAGAUUGCACUAUAAACAAGUUCAGUGGAUGUUUGUAGCAAUGAGUAAAACUGUAUUCUAAAUUAAAAAUCAAAUAUAUAUCUACACGCAGUUAUACACAUACAUUUUUUAAAAGGAGGAGGAGGAAAGAGAGCUUUUGUCCAUUCCUACAUUUUGAAAUAAACUUGUCAAGAUUACGCAUCAGUACUGGGGUUGUGGAAUCAUCUAUGGAAAUCAAGAACUAGAAUCUGAACUGAAUGGUCAAAGAAACUUCUAUGCCUAGUGAAAACUAGAGGGGAGCAACUAUGUAGCUAUGAAGAUGAAUCAAUUCCAUAACUGUUACUAAAAACUUACUUUGACUGAAAAGUCACCAACACAGAACUAUUGAACACAAACAGGAAUUGUUUGUCUUACUGAAGUCAUUGAGAACCCUUGGGGUUCACUUCGGAUGCUUUUUUGGUUCAACUUCCCACCACCAGAAAAGGGAAAAGUGAUUGAUUUCGUGUGUGAGGUACUCAUCUGUCAGAACUCUUAAUGUUUCCUAUUAAGUGAAUGACAACUUCCAUACAUACACUAUUUAUACCAAAUAAUUUUCACUACAAAUUCUGAUUUCCUUCUCCUUUGGAGUAAAGUAAUAGCUGUUAGAUUGCUUUCGAACUUAGAAGGUCCAGAUAUAACAGUUCAUUUCAUAGGAAGCCACUUCAUCAACCAUUCUAUGUGAUACAUCCUGCUUCUUUCUACACCGCUGGAGAGGCAGUUUGGCUGGUUUCAUUUGGAUAGAAAAAACUAUCAUUUGUGCAUGCUGCCAUCUAGUGGUGUACAACACAAUCUAACCUGAGUUUAAUAUUCACUAGAAUGUGUUUGACGAAGGGAAUGAAAACCUGUAGAGUUCAAGGACCUUUAUGACAAACAGAUGUAGGGAAAUUUUCACUUCAAAUUUAUAAUUUUCUUAUUCUCACUUUUUUUUCAUUUGCAUCACCCAUCUCAAUAUUAGGUCAUUGUGAGCCCAGUACAUCAACUCAUUCAUACACAACAUAUCUUCAGUUGCUUCUUGUAACAGAACUAUGUAAAAUCUAUAUAAAACAGUCUUUGAAGAGUUGUCAUUUUUAACACUUAUGGUUUUCAUUGGGGUUUGUAUACUUUAAAUCUCCUUUUAGUUCCUUAAUAUUUAUCUUUGGAAAUGUAAGAAGUAUCUGCUUAGAAAGAAAUAAGUCUUAUAUAUGCAAAUGGAAUACUAUGUCUGGGGAAGAGAAAAUUGGGGUUGUUAAUCAAAGGGAAGAAAGCAGCUUCUUUUCUGCUGAAUUUGGGAAUCCAAAGGCAGAGGUUUCAUCCUGUUUUUAUUUUCUUCUUAUCACACUCUUUCAAGUUUCCUUAAUGUAUCUGGAAGGAAUAGAAGUUGGAUUCAGAAUUGAUAACUGGCAUGGUGAUGACAAACCUGUGUAACACCAAGGUUCUCACAGCUAACAGCUGUUUCACAAACGGCAUCUUCCAAAUGAAUAGUCACUUCUGCUAUGCAGAAAACCCCCAUCCUGCUGUGAGCAAGUUAGGCUCUUCAAGAACUGGACAACUUUUUGGGUGAGGUGUUCAAUAUCAAACUGCAUAAUCAUUAGCCAUUUUCAUAUAUACUAUUUUAUAGAUUUCAGUCUCUCAACUAUCAAAAAGUAGAGCGAUUUUUAGGAGAAAAAAGUCGUGGGGACUGAGUUCAGGACACCCUGAAACUGUGCGACCAGUAAUUUUUUUAAGGUAUUUUUUCCUACAAGUAAGGUAUCUGAAAAGUCAACGUUUUGAGGGUGGAAUCAAGACUUUUCACUUCUCCUGGCAAAGAGCAACAAGGCUCUUGUCUCGUGUCCUUCUGUGUGUCUCUGUCAGGAUCACAGCAGCUGUGCUCUUGGUCUGCUUACUCCUCUGUAAUCCACGUAUGCAGAAGGGAGUUAAUAAGGUGAUCACCAUCUCCCCAGAAUUCAAAGGUCUUUGCCUCUAUAAGGUCUGCCCCUAUGGGGCCAGGAAAAUAUAAACCUAUAUAAGGACUUGCAGGAGAGCAUAAAGAAGGUAGAAAAGGUUUACUUGUUGGGUUUUCAAGCCUUCAAGUUGAAUGAGUCUUAGCUUUUGCUGGGCAGUUGUUCUGGACAAGUCAUCAGUUUCAUGUGGAGAACUCAGUGUAAGCCCAAGGCUAAUGAAUGAGAGGGGUCCCAUGGAAACACAGCUGAAAUGAAAUGGGACUUUAUCCAUCUUCUUUGAGAAUGGAAGAGCUUUUGUGAAGCAGUACAUCAUUGCUCAAGAUAAUGGUUGAUAAGCAUUAGAUUUUAUAGAUCUAAUAAGGAAAAUAUUUUAUUAUCUCAAGUUAACAAAACAUUUUUUUACCUCUCGAGUGCCUCAUAGGACCAACUAUUACUCUUUGGUUUUUAUUUUUCUUUUUGUAUUAUUUUUAUAUAUUCUUUAACCUUGCUGAGCUAGUAUUGACUGAAAUCUUUAGAACUUUGCCUCUGGGCAAUGAAGUAAUGUUUCUCUACCCUAAGAUAUCUAUUUGUAUAAUCUCUGGCUGUAAUGAUCACUUUGGAAGAUUUCCUUUGCAUCUCUAAUUAUUUCUUUUUAAUGGAAUAAGGCAUAAGGGGGAAUAAAUAUAUUGUAACCAAUGUUAUGUAAACCCAUAUCCAUACAGGCCAGGAAAGCCAAAUGAAGUCAUUUCCAGAAUUCUAGUGUGAAAAACCUAUUUUUGAAAAGUGGGGAGAUGGCUUUGUGUAGCACUGGGUGGGUUUUCUCUGCAGACUAAGUCUAGCCAUGAGCUUCCAGAUCCUUUAGUUUUAUCAGCCUUGUGCUUACCCCAUUUUCAUAAAUGCUACUUUAACAGCCAGUCUUCAUAAGUCAUGGUUCCUAGGUUUUCCUGUCACCUCAUUGUAUUCAUCUGUGGUAGGAUAUUAACGGGCUCAUUCAACCAAAUGUAAUGUGUGCCUCAGACCUAUUUAGCAUGGUUGGGGGGCAUCAGCAGGACAAACCAACAGGUACUCCGCAAGUGUACUGGCACAGCAAGCCCAGCAAUUAUUAGCAGCUCUUCAUCAGCCUGCUGUCUACUCAGAUGCUUGCCUACUGAAGGGACCUGUCCAGAGAUCUUCUGGAAUCCCAAGUUGGGAAUCUCUGCAGAAUGUCGUGACAGUUGUGGCCCAACUAGCUUCUGAGUAGAAACAAGGAAGCUACCCUGAGAUAUAGUCAGCUGCCCACCUGCCAUAGUAUUUGCUACUGAAUGCCAGCCUUUUAACAUACCAUUUCAGAUUUGUCCUUCAACAAAAAUAUAAAUUGCAAGUCAUAUCAUUUAAGGGUCUUUUACAAAUAUGUCUAAAUUGUGUAUCAUUUUUAAGUUCCAAAGGUCUACUGGACUAAGUACUAUCAGACCAGCUGUAGAACCUGAUGGCGCUGAUCCGGGGUGGAAUAACCCUCAGUACUGGUGUGUAGAAGAUGAAUUGUAGGCAGGUUUUGCUGAUCAGCAGUCUAAGGAUUGAUGGGCUCUCUUUUGGCCUCUGAUCCUGAGCACUAUGGAGGCAGCAUCAGAGAAUGGGGACCUGAGCUACAUAGGUUCUCAAUGUUAAAACAACUCUGUUCGGAGUGACAUAUAAGAGCAAGAAAUCUACAGCUGGUGUAAAAUAUCUUUGCCUUUUCUAUCCUGAAAGUAACAAAUGGCAUCUGUACAUGUAGGGGUAAAAACUCAGAUGUCUACUCCUCCAGGCCAUGGACAAGAAAAAGUACAGCAGUCAGAUCAGUGGAACAAGUGAUUUGCAUUCUCUUCUUCACGCUUUCCUAGAUCUGCUAUUGGUAGCGCAGCCCUUGCCCUCCAGACAUAAUGCAUCGAGCCCAGUUGCAGGGAACAUCACUGUGUGUGUGUGAUGUCAUGGUGUUAUAUGUGUUGAGUUUAAUGUUGAGCUGAAGCAAGUUGGUGACCUUCCUCUUUGCUCUUUGUAAAGAAGACACCAAUGUUUGUCAGAGAAAAAUCCCCAGCAGUCGUGUUGAAGAGGCAGUGUCAUCCACCUACUGUCCCCUUUGGAACAGUUCAACUGCAGAAAGGUCGGAUUGAGGUUUUGUGCUUUGUCGUUUUUCUUUUUUAAACAAAACAUGACAACCUUGGCUUUUCCGAUAUGGAACACUUUUGUUGUUGUGGAGUUCCCUCUUGCUGUAUCUUCUAUGCAAUUCCUUUUCUAAAAAAAUCCCCCGGCAGAGGCAGAGUGCCCUCCGGAUAUCCGUCCGGCGCCUUGCUGAGUGGUGGAGUGGUGGAGGUGAGGGAUACCAGCUCCGGGUGUGCCUCUUUUCUCUCCCUGGCUGCCAAUCCUGAUUUUCCCUGCAGUCCCCUUGGUUUGUAAAUUGCCUGCAUUUAUUCUGUCAGCCAACAUGUACAAAAUGUAAGAAAGAAUUUUUAAACAGGUAAUAAAUUAUAUUUAUAAGCAACAAAGUGCUGCCUCCUUCACUUAAUAACAAGGUUCUCUUGCGUGUUCAGAGCUGCCACGUGUUUCUUCGGUGGGACAGAAAGGCUUUGGGUCCUGCGUGGAUGGUGAUCACAACCUCCUGCAGGCACAGGAUGAGGUUUUAGCAUGGUGCUACUAAAAAAUCAGCUGCACAUUGGAAUCACCAGAGAGGCCUUAAGAACUAAUGCCAGGGUCACACCUCCAGAGAUUCUGAUGGAAGUGGUCUGGGGGUAGCCUGAGUCUUGGGUGUUAAAAGCUCCCGGGUGGUACUAAUGAGCGGUUAAGGGCGAGAACCAAUGUCUUAGAACUUCUGCAGAAUUCUCUGGGGCGGGAGCUUCUAAAUAGAGUGUCAAGCCCUGCCCCCAGAGAUCUGAUUUUAAAUGAAGCUUGCAAACAACUAUACUAAUAGGUAGGAAAUGAAAGGUAAGCAACUACCAGCAGAGGAGUUCAGCUUGGUACAGGACUGCUGGCCACUGCCUUAGGGCGAGCAAGCCAAGGGCUCCAGCUGUGAGGUGCGAAGCAGCUGUGAGGCUGAGGACUAGAAUCAAAGACAGCCCUGUCCUCCAUGAGAGAACGACCUGGAGACACUUCCUUAGAUGGACUGCCACCUGCCCCCACCCCUCCCCUCAGCCUCGGUGGCUGAAGGGUGUAAGCAAUUGCCCAGCACUGAGAAGCUGGUCCAUGCCAUGGGCUGGAAGAAAGUGACUUAAAACAAUCCAUGCUGGGAUCAUGAAUUCCAAUGUUUCUCCAAGGCUAAGGAAGUAAUGGAAAUAUAUAAACUGGAACCUGGGUAAAAUCAAAGGGAGAUGUAAGGGCUGCAGCUGAGCCAGAGAAUUCAAAUUCCAUAUAAAAGAAUGAAAAUACAAUGAAAACAAUAAAACACAAACAAAAACUGUACUUUACAUAGAAAACCCAUGGUGGCAAAGGCUCAGCCCUGUUACCAGACCACUAACCCCUAAUUAGAAGCUUUGGUAGCUGAGAUUCCUGCUGAGAAGGCCUUACCUAGGAUGGCAUGCAAGCAUUUUCAAAGACUUCACUGAGGGCCCAACCUAAGCCCCUGUCUCUCAGUGGAGGUCCCUGGAGAGUUCUGAAGCUUGGCCUCCCUCUGCUCCUGUCUCUCAGUACCAGCAUACAGGUGCCAAGCAAAGAACCUUCAGCAGCCCCAGAGAUCCCCACAGCUAAGCUCAGAUCAGAACCUAGGGUAGAAAUUAGAAAUUACUUUGCAGAGACAAAACUUCUGAGAGUGCAGUCAUCUGUACUUUGCUGCUGUGACCAGAUGGAGACAACAAGCUUGCAACUUACAAAAUGACCAAUGCCAAGAAAAUAACCUUUUUUCCACAGCUGAGAUUUACUGUCAGUAUGCCUGUGAGUUCUGCGAAAAGUUUAACUUGAGCCCAUGACACACAGAAGUGGGGUGUACAGAAGGUGGGAGAGAUGUACCAAUAGCAAAUCUCAGCUGGUUUUAAAUGUUGCUAAUUGUAGAUCCUGCUAAACUAAUGGCAGGAAGAAAAAGCAGCAUUGGCCAGGCACAGUGGCUCACGCCUAUAAUCCCAGGACUUUGGAAGGCUAAGAUGGGGAGAUCACUUGAGCCCUGGAGUUUGGGACCAGCCUAAGAAACAUAGUGAGGACUUGUCCCUACUAAACAUAAAAUUAGCCAGCCAUGGUGGUGCAUGCUUGUAGUCCCAGCUACUUGGGAGGCUGAGAUGGGAGUCAC